AUGCGUCAGCAAGGUGACCAGACUUUUAUUGAUAUUUUGAAUGCUUUGAGAGUCGGUGAGCUAACAACCCAACAUUUUAGUAUUUUAAUGGGAAGACUUCUUCAAGACACGAGUGAUGAGUUUGCAAUAGACAAAGCGUUAAGGGUAUACCCCACAAAUCAACAAGUUAACGACCACAACUCUGCUGUAUUGAAUUUGUACAGAAAUAAUGGUGCUCGCAUUUACAAAAUAAAAGCGCAGGAUCAGCUAGUACACGCCACACGAAAUGCAGACAAUGUGGAUAUAGCUACUAUAAUACCAGCUGAUAUCAACAGAACUGGGGGUUUACCAGCGGAACUGCAAAUAUUUGUGGGGGCAAAAGUCAUGCUACGGUCCAAUAUUGACGUUUCAAAGGGAUUAGUAAAUGGCGCUAUAGGCUACAUCAACGAAAUCGUUUGGCCUCAAUUUCGUCGAACUCAGAUGUAUGCAACAGAUGUACCUUCCGUCCGAAUUGAUUUCGCAAGAGACGGAGUACAUCUUAUACACCCGAAAGCCAUACAGUUUCCAGCUAAGUACAAUUACGGGAUGGCUGAAAGAAGAAUGUUGCCUUUAAUACUAUCAUGGGCUUCUACAAUACAUAAAAUGCAGGGCAGCACUGUGGAUCACGCAGUCGUAUACUUAGGUGCGAAACUGUUUGAAGAAGGUCAAGCCUACGUGGCUCUUAGUAGAGUAAGAUCUUUGCAGGGACUACGUAUAGAGGAGUUGGAUUGCAAUAAACUAACGGGCAAGAAACCUUGCAAUAAUGAAGCACUAAAUGAAUUAAACAGAAUGCGAAAUAAAAACUAA